GCUGACGCACGAGUCUGACUUUAAGAAAACGUCAAAAUGUCGAAACAAAAACAAACUGUGGUUUGCGGUUUGCGGUCUUCUAACUUCUUAUGAAUAUGAUAAAUGAUAUUCUCAUAUUAAAUUACAGAAAAUAAAAUGUUUCAGUUUAUGAACUGAAUUGUAAUCAUAUUCAUAGACAAAAUGGCAACUAAUAAUAAUAGUUACAACUUCAAAGUCGUUCUAUUAGGAGAAGGAUGUGUAGGAAAAACGAGUCUGGUACUCAGAUAUGUAGAAGAUUCAUUCAAUUCCAAACACCUCAGCACUAUCCAGGCGUCUUUCUUGAAUAAAAAAAUAAACCUGGAUGGUAAUCGCCUGAACUUAUCUAUAUGGGAUACUGCAGGCCAAGAAAGAUUCCACGCUUUAGGUCCGAUAUACUACAGAUCCUCCAAUGGGGCCAUUUUAGUGUAUGACAUAACAGACAUGGAUUCCUUCCAGAAAGUCAAGAGUUGGGUGAAAGAACUUCGAAAAAUGCUUGGCACUGAAAUAUCCCUUGCUAUUGUGGGUAAUAAAAGUGAUUUGGAAAAAGAUAGGCAUGUCAGCUUAGAAGAAGCAGAGAGGUAUGCAGAGAAAGUGAAAGCAAUGCAUUUCCAGACCUCAGCAAAGCUCAAUAAGGGUGUAGAAGAGAUGUUUCUGGCUGUUGCACAGAAGAUGCUGGAUGAAUCCAAAGAAAAGGCUGUUCAGGCACCUCAACUGACAAGAAACAAUUCCCAGAGGACUGUCACUGUUGUGGAUGAUGAUGUGGUUGUCACUAAUAAAAGUUGCUGUGCCAGUGGCUGAGCCAUUUGUGAAGCAAAGACAGAACUACAUGAACUUUUCGAAAGUCCUUGAUCAGUUUGUUAGCUUUAUUUUGAUACACCCUGUAUAUUUGAACUAUGAUAUUGCUCUUCCAAAGUUGAGUAUUUUUUUAAGAUACUCUGUAUUCACUAGUAAUGUAUCAACUAGUGUCUAUAAUUUUGUGAUGUAAUAUAUAUAUUCCUAUUAUUUAUAUUUAAUAAAUUUGAAAUUGUCAGUUA